UCACUGGUUCUGGUUCUGGAGUGUUUACAGUAGUAGUACUAGUACUGGUACUGGUAUUGGUAUUAAUAGUAGUAGUACAUACUUUAUACAGUCAGGUGUGUUUACAGUAGUAGUAGUAAUACGAGUACUAGUACUAGUAGUAGGAGUAGUAGUAGUAGUAUAUCGUAGUAGUAUAUCGUAGUAGUAGUAGUAGUAGUAGUAGUAGUAGUAGUAGUAUAUCGUAGUAGUACUAUGUAAUACACUGAGGUGAGUUUAGGUCUUUCAGAACUUUUUACUGAGAUUCACUCUUCCGGGAUGAACGUGCUGCUGCGGCGCUGUGGCACGCGGCGCCUCGCGGGCAGGUGGAGAGGUUUCCAUGUGGGGGCGCCGCUGAUGACCUUUGACCUGAGGAAAGUUGAACUGACGCCUCUGGAGCAGCGAAAGCUAACGUUCGACUCACACACCAUGGUGACGGAGCUGGAGAGCAGCGGUUUCGAGAAGCGGCAGGCGGAGCUCAUCGUUUCUGCUCUGGUCACGCUAACCACAGCCAACAUGGACAUCGUCUACAAGGACAUGGUGACCAAAUCCCACCAGGAGAUCGCGUUGCAGCAGAUCAUGGCUCAUCUGGACUCUGUCAGGAAGGACAUGGUGAUCCUGGAGAAGAGCGAGUUCGCAAACCUCCGAUCGGAGAACACGAAAAUGAAGCGAGAGUUGGAGCAGCUCCAGAACCGACUGAAGGAGGAGAGUCUGAAGGUCCGAGCAGAAACUAGACUCGACAUCAACCUGGAGAGUAGCCGCAUGUCUGACAUGUUCACUGAGCAGGACAGGAAGUUGAUGGAGGCGUCGUCAGACUUUCACCACAAGAAAGCCGACCUGGAGUUGGACAACAUGGAGAUCAGCAGGAAGAUGGACCUCCAGGUGGCGUCUCUCAGGACGGAGCUGGAGUCGCUCAAACUGGAGACCAUCCGCUACCUGGCAGCCACCGUCUUCUCCUGCCUGGCCAUCGCUCUGGGAGUCUACCGCCUGUGGAGGUGAAAGGCGUCUUCAUCCGCGACACAAAGUAGUUCCUGGAGAAUAAAACCUCAUUUCUACUUCACGAACUGUGGGUUUGAACAAUAAAACACAUUCAGUUCAUCAACAACAAACCCCUGAGGUUACCUCAGUUGCCACUUGCAGGAAAAUAAAAUAAUACGAAUUUGUAAUUAGAUACAUUAUUAAUCCUUUAAAAUGAAAUUGUAGUGAUAAGCAGUUGUGCUUCACAUCAUCACAGUAAAUAUGAUCAUAAACAUUCAAAUAUGAUAAAUAUUCAUCAGUGUUGAUUUCCUCUCUGAUAUGUUAAAUAAAAGUUGUGUGAAUGUGUGAUGUCCUGGUGGAUGGAGGUAGAAAACCACGAGGACCAGGAUGCUCCAGGUUUAGAGAUCUCAGGAAAUGUUGAUCCACCAAAUCAUCAUUUUUUUCUGUCAAUUUUCAGUUUUUCAACAUUUGGUAAUAAAACCAGAUUUAUCUUGUGUAA